AUGGCCCCGCCUUCCACCAGCUUCCCAGACACCUGCGAAGACACCUCCGAAGAGGCUGUAGCUCCAGCGCACUCGGUCCAGGACGCUGCGACCCUCGAGGACGCCCACGGCACACCCGAUAUACCUCGUCCCCUGGUGGGCACGAACAGUGAUACAAACCACUACCGUAACUUUCCUGAGCCCUCCAUGCACAGCGCCCGCUCGUCCAUCUCGGACGCUGUCAUCACCAACCGUCUGAGCGCGGGCUCCAUGUACAGUUUCGCCUCAGUCCGCGGUAACCCGAGCCCGGCAGCCUCAGCCUACGGGAGCGAUGUUGGCGGUACCACCGGAGCGCCGGUCCAACGGUCCGUGCCCGGGUUCCUGGCGCCGUCUGGCGGCGCCAAGGCUCUCGCCACCGCACAGGCCGAACCCGGCGUGUCGAGCGUGACUGUUGCGGCCUCCUCCUCCUCCUCCCAGGGCGUACAGCAGCCCAUUCAUCGCGAAGCACACGCGCCGCACCUCGGUGAUAUGGCAAAGAAGUCGCAGCAGCAGCAGCAGCAGACCGCAAAUCCCACACCGCGCCCGCAGCCGACUCGCUCUCGCAGCCGGGCAAAGCGUAGGUUCAGCGGGAGCACUGCCGCCAGCAGCCACAGCCCAAGCGGCGACCGCGCCUUGUCACACCGCCCGGAGAAGGAAGAGCACAAGCCGGCCCCAUGGGGUGUCAUUGGCGUGUGUGCCCUUGAUGUCAAGGCGCGGAGCAAGCCAAGUAGGAACAUAUUGAAUAGGUUAAUACAGAACCGCGAGUUUGACGUCUGUGUCUUCGGGGACAAGGUUAUUCUCGACGAGGAGGUGGAAAAUUGGCCCAUAUGUGAUUACCUUAUCUCGUUUUACUCGGAUGGCUUCCCCCUAGAGAAAGCCAUAGCCUACGUCAAGGCUCGCAAGCCCUUCUGCGUCAACGAUGUGCCCAUGCAAAAAAUUCUCUGGGACCGCCGUCUCUGCCUGCGGCUACUCGAUCGCAUCGGCGUGCCCACUCCCCGACGCAUAGAGGUAAACCGCGAUGGCGGCCCGAAGCUGCUCACUCCCGACAUCUGCAAGCACAUCCGGGACCUCACCGGAAUCGUCUUCGAGCCCACCGACCCUGACCCUGCCAAGGCUAGCACGAUAGCGCCCCGGAAGGUUGAACUGCUCGACGGCGGCGACAUACUUUCGGUCGACGGCACCUUGAUCAAAAAGCCUUUUGUUGAGAAGCCGACAAGCGGCGAGGACCAUAACAUAAUCAUAUACUUUCCCUCGUCGGCUGGUGGCGGCGCCCGCAAGCUGUUUCGCAAGAUCGGCAACAAGAGCAGCGAGUACGUCGAGGGCUUGACGGUGCCGCGCGCCAUAACCCAGCCUAACGAUAGUUUCAUAUAUGAGCGCUUUAUGCAAGUAGAUAACGCCGAAGAUGUCAAGGCAUACACGGUCGGCCCAUCGUACUGUCAUGCCGAAACCAGAAAAUCUCCGGUCGUGGACGGCGUGGUGCGACGCAACACGCAUGGAAAGGAGGUGCGGUACGUCACAGCGCUAAGCAGCGAAGAGAAGGAAAUUGCGAGCAAAAUCAGCACAACCUUUGGCCAGCGCGUCUGCGGUUUCGACUUCCUGCGGGCUGGCGGAAAGAGCUAUGUUAUCGACGUUAACGGCUGGAGCUUCGUCAAGGAUAACGAGGACUACUAUGACCACUGUGCCAGCAUCCUCAGGGAUAUGUUUAUGAAGGAGAAACUGCGCAGAGAUGGAAGGACGCCUCCCAUGCUGUCUCCGGCAAUUUCGGAUGUGGAUCCACUGGCAGCCCGGGCUGCCUCGGCGAACAAAGAGAGGGAGCACCCGCUUGCCUCGUCGCAGGGAAGACCAAGCAUCGAGAAGGCAGCUCGAGACUCGCCGGUUGAAUCGCUCCCGUCCACCAAGGCCGAGACCAAAUUCGGCAGCAUACCCGCGAGUCCGCUGGUCGCUCAGUUCCCGUCGUCCGUGGUCGACAGCGCGCCGUCCACUGCUGCGCCGUCCAUCAUGUCGGCCACGCCGUCGAUGCUGCCAGAAAACGCGGUGCAAGAAGAGCAAGAACCGCCACCGCCGCCGCCCCCCAAGCCCAGUUGGAAGCUCAAGGGUGUCGUAUCGGUCAUCCGCCACGCGGACCGCACGCCCAAACAAAAGUACAAGUUCACCUUCCAUACGGCACCCUUCAUCGAGCUACUCAAAGGCCACCAGGAGGAGGUCCUCCUCAUUGGCGAGCCCGCCCUGGCGAGCGUACUCGAAGCUGUCGACGUAGCCAUGAGAGCGGGCAUUGAAGACCGCGGAAAGCUCAAGGCUCUGCGCAACGUCUUGAUCAAGAAGGGUAGCUGGGCCGGGACCAAGGUGCAGAUCAAGCCCAUGUUCCGGAAGAAGACCGAGUCGAAACCGGCCGAGGAGCACCAGGGCACCGCCAAGGAUGACCGGCUGGUCGAGGAACCAGAUGGAGCCAACAAGGAUGACGGUAAAGUGCCACGCAAGCCGCCUAAGAGGCACGACUCGCUCUCUGGCGUGACCAUGUCCAAGUUUACGGCUGCCGAGGAGAGCCUUGUACUUGACAAGCUACAACUGAUAGUUAAAUGGGGUGGGGAGCCGACGCAUUCGGCGCGAUACCAGUCCCAGGAACUUGGAGAGAACAUGCGAUCCGACUUGGGGCUCAUGAACCGCGAGGUGCUGGAUGAGGUGCAUGUCUUUAGCAGCAGCGAGCGGCGCGUCGUGACGAGCGCCCAGAUCUGGGCCGCCAGCUUCCUCAACAAGAAGGACUUGCCUGAGGACUUCAUCACGAUCCGCAAGGACCUGCUGGACGACUCCAACGCGGCCAAGGACGAAAUGGACAAAGUCAAGAAGAAGCUUAAGGGGCUGCUUCGCAAGGGCAACGAACGUCCGCCGCAGUUCGCCUGGCCUGCAAACAUGCCGGAGCCGUCCGAAGUGCAGACAAGGGUCGUACAGCUGAUGAACUUUCACCGCAAGGUGAUGCAGCACAACUACGCCAAGCUGUCCAGCGGGUUCUCAAACUCGUCGAGCGGCACCGACCUGGUUAUGGACAAAGCCAUCGAGCAGAGCACCUCUGGCGCGUCGCUGUCCUCGCUCAACUCGGGCGGAUCACCAUCACAAGCUAGCCCUGUUAACAACAUCCAGGCGCGGUGGUGCUGCGGCGAGGAUGCGGAACUCUUCAAGGAGCGGUGGGAGAAGCUGUUUGCCGAAUUCUGCGACGGCGAGAAGGUUGAUCCUAGUAAGAUUUCUGAGUUGUACGAUACGAUGAAGUUUGACGCGCUGCACAACCGCCAGUUCCUCGAAUGGGUCUUCACGCCGCCCAAGGCGAUGCUCGAGGAGGAGUAUGGGGCCUCGUUCAGUGGCAAGACGACGCCACCAAAAGACGCUGAAGAUACCGGUUCAGAGAGAAGUGGUGGGUCUGGUACGCUCUCCGAGAAGAUCGAGAGCCAUGGUCACAAGGCCGUCAAGCGUAUCUUCCACAGGCGGUCGUUUCUCUACAACCCGCGGGGCGGCGUCGAGGCCGAGCUGCCCGAGAAGUAUUUCCAUCUGUACCGAGGCAACAGCCAGACCAAGGCCAAGACGGACGCCCGCUUCGAGCCGCUCCGAGAGCUGUACCAGCUCGCCAAGGUGCUGUUUGACUUCAUCUGCCCGCAGGAGUACGGGAUCUCGGACAGUGAAAAGCUUGAAAUCGGCCUCCUCACCUCCCUCCCGCUCCUCAAGGAAAUCGUGCAGGAUCUGGAAGACAUGCAGGCGUCGGACGAGGCCAAGUGCUUCAUCUACUUCACCAAGGAGUCGCACAUCUACACGCUGCUCAACUGCAUCUUGGAGGGUGGGCUCGAGACCAAGAUCAAGCGGGCGACAAUCCCCGAGCUCGACUACCUGUCGCAGAUCUCGUUCGAGCUGUACGAAAUGCCGGCCAACCCUCCCAUUAACAGCGACGGGAGCCCCGUAUUCAACUACAGCAUUAAGAUCACCAUAAGCCCGGGUUGCCACGUCUUUGACCCGCUCGACGUGCAGCUCGACAGCAGGCACUGCAUCGGAUGCGCGCCGCGCCGAAGCCUGACAGCCCACGCCGACUGGAUGGUGGUGAUUGAGACUCUGCGGGCAAAGUUCCACCAGGUGAAACUGCCCAAGACGUUCCUAGCCGUCAACCUUUCGGAUGCCUUCACUUUCCAAGAGAAGCAGCAUCAGGAUCCACCUAAAGCAGGCGAGGGUGGCGAGUGA